AUGAGUGAUAAGAGGCAAAGGAGACUGGGAACAAAAGUAUAUGAAGAUUCAGCACAAACCCGAAAAUCUCGAAAGCUCAUCACAUUGGAAGAAUUCUUCCCCAGAAAAUUCUUUCAAAAUAACUCAGCCGAGGCCGUCCACACAGUUUCUCGUUGCGAAAUCCAGGACGAAAAGAAGGAUGUUGACCAUGAUGAUCCAAAAGAGACCUUAUCAUCUUUGGAGGAACUCCAAUCUCAGGUCGAUGAAGUUGAACCCUUGCAAUGCUCCACAUCACCAAAAGAAGUACUCACCCGAGCUCUUGAGGAGCCAGAGAUAUACGCCCCUCAUACCAAUACGUUUCAACAAACACAGGGAUGUUACGCAUGCUCUCCAGAUUUGACUUUCACUGAUGAGGAUCUAUUGUUAGGCUCUAAGCCCCACAAUCGCCCACUCUAUGUCUCUGGUUAUGCUCGUAAACAAAGGAUAGAGCGUAUCCUUGUUGAUGGAGGUUCAGCCGUUAACAUACUUCCAAAAAUGACCAUGAAACGACUAGGUUUUACUAUGGAAGAAUUAUCACACAGUCAUUUGGUCAUCCAAGGUUUUAAUCAAGGAGGACAACGUGCAAUCGGCCUAAUCCACCUAGAAUUAUCCAUUGGAGAAUUGAAAAGCAACGUCUUGUUCCACAUCAUUGACGCUAAGACGACCUACAACAUGUUGUUAGGACGUCCUUGGAUCCAUGAAAAUGGAAUAAUACCAUCAACCUUGCAUCAAUGCUUCAAGUUCUUUCAAAAUGGAAUAAAAAAGGUUGAUGCCGAUUUAAAGCCUUUUGCAGAAACCGAAGCUCAUUUUGCUGAUGCAAAAUUUUAUGCAAAAGAAGACAUUUCUAGCGAGGUUCUUCCAGUUGAGAUCCCGUCUAUGAAAGGUAAACAAGAUGAAAAGGAGCAUGUUAAAUUCAUCGCCAAAAAGGACAUCUCUUCCCCAAAGAAAGGUCCAGAACCAUUCCUCCGGUAUAUACCAUUAUCACAUCGCAAGAAUGGACAAUCACCAUUCGCGGAAUGCCUUCAACCUACGAAAGACAUGCAGAGACCUGCAAAGCUCACGAUGGAGGAUGUAGUCAUAUUGAAAGAAAAUCAUGUCAUGCCUUUAACUUCAUCCACAAAUCCUUUGCCCUCGAAGCCGUUAAAUGGAUUCGUGAGGAUCGCUCAAAGUCAAAAGACGAACGAUUGUACAUACAAGUCAGUCACCGUCCAUGAUGAGGAAAUUGAAGAGGUAUCAUCCUCGUUUCAUAUUACAAUAGAAGAGGGUACACUGUCAGAUGCUGAAGCAACCAAUGAAGAGGUCGAUGAAGCUCCUCCAGCCUUGGAAGAUGGAGGACAAGCUACAGUUGAUGAACUUAAAGAGAUCAAUUUAGGAACUGUUGAAGAACCCCGGCCAACUUUCAUCAGUGCGCUUCUUACCCCUGAAGAAGAAGAAGGAUACCUCAAGCUCCUAGUAGAGUACAAAGAUGUGUUCGCUUGGACUUACAAGGAAAUGCCUGGGCUCAAUCCGAGUAUUGCUCUACACCAUUUGGCAGUAAAGAAAGGCGUGCGCCCAAUCAAACAAGCUCAAAGACGCUUUCGGCCAGAGCUUAUCCCUCAAAUAGAAACCGAGGUCAAUAAGCUCAUUGAAGCAGGCUUCAUUCGUGAAGUGCAGUACCCGGAAUGGAUUGCUAACAUCGUCCCUGUCAAGAAGAAGAAUGGACAAAUCCGAGUGUACGUUGACUUCCAUGAUUUGAACAAUGCAUGUCCCAAAGAUGAUUUUCCAUUACCCAUCACUGAGGUCAUGGUUGAUGCCACUAUCGGUCAUGAAGCUUUAUCUUUCAUGGAUGGAUCUUCGGGUUACAACCAAAUUCGAAUGAAUCCUAAGGAUGAGCAGCUUACAGCUUUCCGUACCCCUAAGGGAAUUUACUGUUACAAAGUGAUGCCUUUUGGACUAAAGAAUGCCGGUGCUACUUAUCAACGGGCCAUGCAGAAGAUCUUUGAUAAUGUACUUCAUAAAUACGUGGAGUGUUAUGUCGAUGAUUUGGUGGUUAAAACAAAAAGGAGGGAAGACCAUCUGGCAGAUCUACGAUCCGUGUUCACCCGCUUGAGAAAGUAUCAGCUUAAGAUGAACCCCCGCAAAUGCGCUUUUGGCGUAACAUCUGGAAAAUUUCUUGGUUUCAUUGUGAGGCACCGCAGUAUUGAAAUUGACCAGUCCAAAAUUGAAGCAAUCCAGAAAAUGCCAGAGCCCAAGAAUCUGCGAGAACUUAGAGGCUUGCAGGGAAAACUGGCCUACAUACGACGAUUUAUCUCGAAUUUGGCUGGUCGAUGUCAACCUUUCAAUAGAUUGAUGAAAAAGGAUGUGCACUUUGAAUGA